CUUAAACCAGCCCCCCGACCCCGGAUUCCAGAUUCCACCUUCCAGCGUCAUCUGAUCCACUCCACUCGACUUAACCACCCGGACAACAACCCAACCUCCAACCCUCAACCCCCAGAAAACCUCACGACCACAAUGUCCCAAGCCUUCACCCCCGCCGACGUCGCCGCCCACAACUCCCCAGACAAGGGUCUCUACAUCAUCAUCGACAGCAACGUCUACGACGUCACCCAGUUCGUCGACGAGCAUCCCGGCGGCGCCAAGAUCCUGAAACGCGUGGCCGGCAAGGACGCGUCCAAGCAGUUCUGGAAGUACCACAAUGAGGGUGUUUUGAAGAAGUAUACCCCCAAGUUGAAGGUCGGGGAGGUGAAGGAGGCGGCGAAGUUGUGAGGAGGUGGAAGGGAAGGAAGGAAGUGAAGGAAGAAGAAAAGGCCACUGAUAUGCACCGGACGGACGGGCGGGCGGGAUUUGGGCUAAGUACCUAUCUCUGCAUCAUACAUUUUGGUUACUCGGUAUAGAGAGGAUGGGGUUGGUCAGGACGUGGGUGCUAUAGAGCAACAGAGCACAGAGAAAGGGUGCAUUACGAGCGCUAAAGGGCAAAUCUCCUCUUUUUAUGAUAGGCUGUUUUAUUUGGUAUUGGGGUUUGUGUUGUAGUUACAUGUUGCGGAAGCGAAUAUUGAACA